CACUGUGAUCCUACUGAGAAAACCGUAACCAGUUAACAGGAAACGCGUAUGAUAGCGGAAACGUCGACUGUCUCGCGACCGGAAGCGGUCGGAGUUGUCGAAGUAGGAGGGGCUUCCAGCCGAAAACUAGCGCGGGAAACCUUGCGAAUCGGCCGAGCGGCGCCGGGACAAAGCGGGGAACAAGAAACCGGGAGCCGUGGAAAUAUCAGAAAAAACGCGAUAACGCAGCGCUCUCAUUCCGACUGCGGGACAUAUUCAAGUCUUCCUAUAACCGGCGUAUAGAGGCGUGAGUUUGCCGACUGUUUUGUAAUAAACAAGAGAAACAAAACUCAGCUGCAGCAUCAUGAAGGUCACCACCUGUGAGAUUGCAUGGCACAACAAAGAGCCUGUGUACAGCAUGGACUUCCAGCAGUGGGCUGAAGGCAGAAUCCAUCGGCUGGCCACUGCAGGAGUGGACAGCACAGUGAGGAUGUGGAAAGUGGAGACCGGUUCGGACGGGAAGACGGUUGUGGAGUUUCUUUCCAACCUGGCCAGACACACCAAGGCGGUCAAUGUAGUGCGAUUCUCCCCCUGCUCUGAGCUGCUGGCGUCGGGUGGUGAUGAUGCAGCCAUCUUGCUCUGGAAGUUGAACGACAGCAAGGAGCCGGAGCCGACCACCUUCCAGGAGGAUGAAGAUGCCCGACUGAACAAGGAGAGCUGGACUGUGGUGAAGACGCUCCGGGGUCACAUUGAGGACGUGUAUGACAUCUCCUGGGCCGUCGAUGGUAACUUCCUGGUGUCGGGCUCCGUGGACAAUACUGCCAUCAUGUGGGAUGUGAUGAAGGGUCAGAAGAUGUACAUUUUCAAUGAUCACAAGAGCUACGUACAGGGAGUGGCCUGGGACCCCUUGGGAAAAUACAUCGCCACCCUCAGCUGUGACAGGGUGUUGCGGGUGUACAGCAUUCAGACCAGGAAGAAGACCUGUAACACCAGCAGGAUGUGCUCCGGAGGAUCUGCUGAAGGAGAGGUGAAGAACUACCGAAUGUUUCAUGACGACAGCAUGCGGUCGUUUUUCCGCCGGCUCACCUUCACCCCCGAUGGCUCCUUCCUGCUUGCUCCAGCUGGCUGCGUGGAGGCUGGUGAAAAUGUCACCAACACCACAUACGUCUUUUCUCGGAAGAGCUUCAAAAGGCCCAUCGCACACCUGCCCUGCCCUUCCAAGGCCACCUUAGCUGUCCGCUGCUGCCCCGUUUAUUUUGAGCUGAGAUCCAGAAAGGGAGAAGAUGAUUCUGCUCAGGCCCCACCCAGCACUUUCCCGCUACCCUACCGCCUGGUGUUCGCCGUGGCCUCUGAGGACUCGGUCCUGCUGUACGACACCCAGCACCGGCUGCCCUUUGGCUACGUCUCCAACAUCCACUACCACACGCUCAGUGACCUCACCUGGUCCAGGGAUGGCUCCAUCUUGGCCAUCUCCUCUACAGAUGGGUACUGCUCCUUUAUCACAUUCUCCCCGGGGGAGCUGGGCACGCCACUGAAGGAACGUCCGCAGCUUGAGCUCUGUACUCCAGGCUCCGUCCCUGAGAAGAAGGGCAAGAAGAUAUCCGCGGCGAGGACGGCGUCCCCUGUGCCCCGCAUGACUAUGUCCGAAGGCAGCUCCCCUGCUUCCCUGUUGGGGUCGGACCCAGGCUCCACCCCCUUGAGCUCUAGGGCCAAUGAGGAAGGGAGAAACCCUCCAUGUGGGAAGACCAAGCCACAGCCCCGCAGAAUCACACUGAACACACUGGAGGGCUGGAGCAAACCCACCACCCCCAAAGCCCCCAGCACCCCGCAGGGAGCACCCACCCCCAGGCGGAUUACUCUGACUCCUAUUUCCACAAGAUCUCCUGCCUCGCCCCAAACCUUUGCCGCACCCUCCUCCAUGGAGAAGGCCAAGCACGAGAGGCCAUCUCCUCCAAAUGAUCCAGUAUGCCAGCCCCCUGAAGCCAAGAGAACCAAGACAGAUGGGCCGGGGCCCACUGGGGCCAUGGGUUUGGAUACAGGUAGCUCCCAAACCCAGUAGGAGCCUUUUGAAUCUUCAGCAAUUUGUACAGACUGUCACCCUCUUUGGAUCUUCCUGCUUUUCCCAUCCAUCACCUUAACUCACCUACACAUGUCUGUGUCAGUGAUGUCAUCUACCCCACCGUUUGCAAAGAAUCAUGGGAGUCUGAGGGACUGAGCACUUGUGUAUGUUUUUAACAUGCAUCGCUAGUGUGUGUUUAGAGCCAUGUUUGGAAGUGUUUUGGAAGCCAGUUUUGGAAGUGUUUGUCUUUGUGUACAUGCACAUAGGCAUAAAUCUUCAAGGAAUCAGUCGUUCCACUGAGCUUUGCAGCUUGGGUAGAUCCCACAGUUCCCCUGGUUCUUUGGUGGCCUCCUGCUCCGCUGUGUUGCUACUUAGCUACAGGCUCCGUAGCGCUUGUUACUCCAGACGGGCAUCUGCCCCAACUUGCCUCAUCUUUAACAUGGAAUUCUGGGAAAGGUGAACACAAGGCAAGCAAAACUUGCCUGUGCAUCCCAGCAUCUACAGAACAAACGAGAAAAACGUAAAAUUAAGUGUGGGGGGAGAGAGGGGACUUUUUUCUGAACUAUCCCGUCAUCGAUGCUGCAUCAUUCAUCCAUCCAUCCAUUUGAAGGAAGGGCAACAUUGCUUAUUCAGUACUCCUUCCCUUUGUUCACACUGGUAUCUGUUGAACACUGCAGCUAUACAUGGCCAUGUUAAAGACAACAUGUAAAGGGAAUCUUCAGUCUUUUGUGUUUUUCAUAUUGAGCUUUUACCUCCAGGGUUUUGUGCCUGGUAUGUGAUUGCUGUCCGUAGUAUGAGGAGUGUGGUUAAAAAAAAAUUGCUUUUCUUUUCACAACACCCCCAGCACUGAAAGCUGAGUCUGAGCUCCUUUUUACCUCUUCCUGUGUGUAUUCUCCCCAUUUUUGUUUAUGCAGUUUUCUUUUCUGGAAUAUGCAGCUCUAUAGUAUCCAUGUUAAAAGAUUUAAAAAUUAAACUGCUUUGGAUGUAAUGGGCCUUGCCCAUUUCAGUCCAUAUGCCUCGACGUUGAUCAGACCUGCAGCCUCAGAAUGUGACAGAUUGACAAGGAAUCGUUACAUCUGUAACAGUUGCAGUAAAUGUAUCUGCUUGUCACAUUGAUAAUAUCAAACAGGAUCUUGCUGAUCGCCUACUGAAAUGUGUUAAAUCUUUGCCCACGACUUACUUUUGGACAGGUUUACUUGAGGUGCCUCAGAGAAGAAAAUUAAACCAAUUUCAUGAAAUUAAAGCAGGGGCUGCUGCUGGCAUGGAUUUUUAGGGCCCUGAACCCAAAUGAUUUCUUUAGACAGAACUCCUGGGCUGGAACGUGGCAGCUCUUCCUGUAUCUUAUUGUGUGAUUUGUUUUUAAUUUAACUCAUUUUCCAUUUUGUGGCAAAAUUCAACAACUGUACUAUGCAAAUGUUAGGUUACCCUGAACUAAGCAAAUCCUGUGAGUUUACCUGAGUUUUCCACAACCUCUGUACUGUAUAAAUAUUAACUGAUGGAUUCUUGUCAUAACCUGUAGACUUGACCUGCUGGUUUUACUCUACGUCCACUGCUACAAAUGUGUUUAGUAAAGCCACUUUUCCUAAACGAG